AUGACCUCUUCUACUGCUAAUCGGACGAAGAAAAGAAACGACAUCGUUCAUUUGCGACAGUCAAUUCAGUUCCCGAACGCUUUAACGAUUGGAUUGAUCUCACAAAUCUCUCAAGGCGCCGUAAUCAACGAAGCAUUCUACGCAAACUUUCUCUCGUAUUUCACCUCCGACGGGGAAGGAAAAGAUAUCCAAAACAGAAUGACCUGGCUUCAUCAACUUCCCUUGCUCUCUACUGAUGGGACUAACGUGGCGCUUGCCCUCGCUCUUCGCGCGACCGCAUCGGCCUUUUGCGCCGUCGACACAGCGAAUAUAGCUGUGGUGCAGGAGGCUUGUAAACUCUAUGGCCAAGCACUCAAUGCCCACGCCCGCCUUCUUCGAUCGAAACCGAAAGAAGUGACUGUGCAUAUGGUCUCAACAUCUGUCAUGCUCUCCAUAUUCGAAGCCAUGCAAGCCACAACGGCCGACGGGUAUCGAGAGCACAUCCACGGAGCCGCCAAAAUGAUCGAAGUAACAGGACCAGGGCAGUGUCUCCACGGUGUUCUUUGUCAGCUAUUCUUCCAUGUUCGCACUCAAAUGGCUUUCAUCUAUUUGACAACGCACAAAUCCCAAGCAAUAUCCGUCAAGAAAAUAUUGACUGAAACAUUGUCAUAUCACCGCUUCCCGAUGUUCCAGCGCCUAAUGUCGCAUAUCGCAGUCCUCGCCGAAAUAUACGUAAAUAAGACGUCCCCAGGGUCUCAGCAACAGCUCAUUGACCUUUCCGUCUACUCCUCCGUCAAAACAGAGAUAGAAGCUCUCUGGCACGAAUACCAAUCUCAAGCUUCGGAGAAAAACCAAAACCUGUUCUGGACCGAAGCUGGAAAGACGUAUUAUCGAGAUGGAUUUACUGCCCUCUCAGUCGCGUACUUUUGCGCCGCGCGCAUCCUCUUCACAAUCCUCGCACCACGUCUUGCUUCUAGUUACAUCGACUUCACGGACCAUUAUGGUAGGAUCCUGGAUUGCGCGAGGUUUUUAAGAACAAAGAAGAUUGGAUGCGCGUACAUGCGCAUGGCCACACCGCUUUUCCUUGUCUCUCUCCACAGUUCUUCACCAACGCAACGAAAAGCAGCUAUAUCUAUAUUUGAGGAUUGGAAGAAGGGGAGUAUGGCGGGGAUUAGUGCUCUCGCGCUUGAAACGAUACAUAAACGACAGGCCAAUAACCUCGGUGACAUUAGAGUUGCGGAACUGGCAGUUUCAGAUCCUGUGCGGAAUGAUCCACUGAACUCGUUUGAGUUGGAGGACUGGGUGGGGCAUGUGUAA